AUGGCCAAGAAGAGUGUGAGGAAGAACGAGGGAAAGGGACGAUCAUUUGAUUCUGUAAGAGCGAGUGGGUACGAUAGUGAUUCGUCGAUUCGAAGCGAAGAUCCAAACUCACAACGCCACCGGUUCCGUUCGAGGCUUCGUCAGCAUCGUGGUGAGAAUGAGGAGGCUCCUGCUGGUAUGCUAGGACCGAACGGUGAGGCUGAAGAUGAUUCUGACGAGGUAAAGAAGAGGAACAAGAGAUGGCGAGAUUCACGUAGGCUGAUCUUCUCUUUGGGAACUAUACUGGGGAUUCUAAUAGCAGUGUAUUUUGGAGCAGUUCAUGGUAGAGAUAAUUUUGAUUUGUUCGAGGGAAUUAGCAAUAUGGAGUCUUUCAAGGAUUACUUAGACGAUUGGAAAGAUAUUUUACCUCAGAGUGUUACUAGUUUUAUCUCUGACGUACAAGCUGGGCAAUCAGCGAAUGCUGCUUUGAAGGAUCUUACAGAGAGUUUUGCUGUGGGGAAGCAGCUGCGUAAAGAGUACAAUAUCACUGCCAAACAUCCUGUUGUGAUGGUUCCCGGGGUUAUCUCCACUGGUAUAGAAAGUUGGGGUGUUGUAGGGGACGAAGAGUGUAAUAGCGAGUCACAUUUCCGUAAGAGAUUAUGGGGAUCAUUUUAUAUGCUAAGAACUAUGGUCUUAGACAAAGUUUGUUGGUUGCGACACUUAAUGCUUGAUCCUGAGACAGGGUUAGAUCCACCCCACUUUCGAUUAAGAGCUGCGCAAGGUUUCGAAGCAGCCGACUUCUUUAUGGCAGGAUAUUGGAUAUGGAAUAAAGUAAUACAGAAUUUGGGAGCUAUUGACUAUUCUCCCGAUGAGAUGUUUACAGCUGCCUACGAUUGGCGAUUGGCGUACCUGGAUUUGGAGAUUAGAGACAGAUAUUUUACCAAACUGAAACAACAGGUUGAGUUGACUUAUGGGUUGAGUGGUGAGAAAGUAUGCCUUGUUGGUCAUUCAAUGGGAUCUCAAAUUAUUUUCUACUUUUUAAAAUGGGCAGAAGCCAAAGGUGAGUUUUACGGUAACGGUGGACCGGGCUGGACCGAUAAAUAUGUGGGUUCAUUUGUGAACGUUGCUGGAACUUUACUUGGCGCUCCCAAGACGGUCCCCGCAUUGAUCAGUGGUGAAAUGAAGGACACCAUUCAACUAAAUGCACUGGCCAUGUAUGGUUUGGAGAAGUUUUUCAGUCGUAAGGAAAGGCUUGAUUUGAUCAGAACCUGGGGUGGUGUACCUUCAAUGGUACCUAAAGGUGGUAAUCUGAUUUGGGGUGAUAUGGCCACAUCCGUGGAGGACUCGCUACAUAAUAACACUGCAUCAUUUGGUAAUUUCAUUCGCUUCGAUAGAUUUCUCAACAAUUCGAUGUUGAAUCAAAAUUUAACUAUGGAAGAUUCCAUUGAGGUGAUGCUAGAGCUAUCACCUGAGUGGUUACAGAAACGUGUGAAGGAUCAGUACAGUUUCGGCUAUGCUAAGAACGCAAAAGAGAUGAAAAAGAACGCUCUUCAUCAUUCCCAUUGGAGUAACCCACUUGAAGUUCCUUUACCUCACGCUCCAGAUCUAAAGAUUUACUGCAUUUACGGUGUAAACAACCCGACAGAGAGAGCAUACGCAUACAAGGAACAAAGUGACUCUGACGUUUUGAACAUGACAAUCGAUUACGAGUCCACCCAGCCUGUUUUUUUCACCGAUGGUGAUGGUACUGUACCGUUGAUGACCCACGCGAUCUGCCACAAGUGGGCCGAAGGUGUAUCUCCCUACAACCCAGCUGGCUCCAACGUCACCAUCGUCGAGAUCCAGCACCAACCGGACAGAUUCGACAUAAGAGGCGGAGCUAAGAGUGCAGAACACGUCGACAUCCUCGGAAGUGCAGAAUUGAAUGAGUACAUUCUACAAAUCGCCAGCGGGAAUGGUCACAAGAUCGCUCCAAGAUUUCUGUCGAACCUUUCGACCUGGGUCAGCAACAUAGACUUCCCAAUGUGA